CAUGUUUUUUGUUAUCGCGUUUUGCAAACACUUGUCUCUCUUUCUUUUCUCUUGGCUAUUUUUCAAUGAAUCAAGGACAACGAUGAGUGCAGCAAGAAGUGAGGUUCUGAGUCUGUACAAGAAUAUUCUGAAAUACGGAAAACAGAUCAAACUGACCGACAGAGACUACUACAAGCAGAGAAUCAGGAAAGAGUUCAAAAGCUUCAAAAACCUUGACGCCGCUGAAGACAUCCAGUUUCACGUUGAGAGGGCCAAGGCUUUUCUCGACAAUAAGAGAGUAAUUUAAUUGACUAAAAUGUUUCUCUCGUCGAUUCUCCGAAAGCCGGUCUUCUUUUGGCAAAUCCACAGAAAUUCCCUUCACCUCUACCCAUGUCUUUUACGGCAGACU